AUGUCCAACGAUCGCUCGACCUCUCCCAUCUCCGUUCCUUCCUCGGAGAAUCGUCCCCGCCGUGGUUCCUUCGCCGGUCUCCCCUUCGACCUCUUCUCCAAGCAGAAUAGCAAUCCUUCCGUCCAGCCGACAGGCAACAAUACCCAAGCCAACCAGCAGCGCCGGCUGUCCAUUUCCACCCUGGGCCUCUCGGGCUCGCCCACCCAGGCCUCCAACUUUGGAAGCCGAGCCUUCCGUCGAGGCAGCCUGUCCAGCUCGUGGGGGUCGAUUCCGAACAAUGAAGAUGCCGUGGCAGAGGAUGGAGAGCCAUCCUCUCCCGGCGUGACCCCCAGCUCGCCAUUUGCCCGGCGAGUGUCCUUUGGAGCUCAGGCCCUGCGUGAGGCUCGGGCCGGAAGUAUAGGCAAUGGUAGAUACCCACCCCCUAGUUCAUCCCUGACAGGGGCACGGCGCACCGCGUCCACCGCGGCGGGCCAUAGCCCUCCUUCCCGAUCUCCUGCAUCUGCAAGUUCUUCAGCUGCCCUUCUGGAAGAGAGAUCUAACGCAUCGCGCCGCCCAGGCGAAGGCUUCAAUUGGACCGAGGCGCUCCGUCACCGCGCCGAGCGAGCCCCAUCCAUCGGGGGGCCCGUCUCCCCGCAGAAUCCCAGUCGUCAGGCUGGUCACCAGCGCGCCGCCUCGAUUGCCUCGAUGGAGCAACCCAUUCGAGAGAUUCCUAAGCAGCCCAAGCAGAAUAAACCCGAUUUCUUCCAGGAGAAGAUUCUUCGUGGUGACUUUAUGGAUUAG